AUGGAGACCCCAGACCAAGAUGUAGAGACCCCAGGCCAAGACAUGGAGACCCCAGACCAAGAUGUAGAGACCCCAGGCCAAGACAUGGAGACCCCAGGUCAAAACAUGGAGAUCCCAAGCCAAGAUAUGAAGACUCUAGGCCAAGACAUGGAGCCCCCAGGUGGGCAUAGUCCAGCUUGGUUCAGCGUCAGCCCACAUUCAGAGCUUCGGGAGCGCUCAGCCUUCCCGUGCCCGAAGUCCAAGGUCAUUUAUGAUAACUUUGGCAUCGUGGAAAGACUCAUGAUCACAGUCCAUAUCAUCACAGUCAUCCAGGAGACUGUAGAUGGCCCCUCAGGGAAAUUGUGGUGUGAUGGCCUUGGAGCUGCCAAAAACAUCAUCCUUUCAUCCACUGGCACUGCCAAGGCUGUGGGCAAGGUCAUUCUAGAGCUGAAAAGGAAACUCACUGGCAUGGCCUUCCAUGUUCCUACCGCCAAUAUGUCCAUCAUGGAUCUGACAUGCUGCCGAGAGAAAGCUGCCAAGUAUGACGACAUCAUGAAAAUGGUGAAGCAUCAGAGGGCCCCACUGAAGGGCAUCCUAGACUACACUGAGGACCAAGUUAUCUCCUUGGACUUUUGCAGUGAUGCUCACUCUUUUGCCAUUGAUGCUGCGCUGGCAUUGCCUUCAAUGACAACUUUAUAA